AGGGAGUUCCCGAAGGGGCGGAGCAAGAGGAGGAAGAGAACUGGGACGCGGGACCGGGGAGACUGAGAAGCUCCCUGGCAGGCUCGGUGUUCAGUGCUCACUGACUGCGGCCAGGAUAUGGACAUAAGCUCCCCAAGGAUGCUUAGAGCCACUCUCCUGUGCUGCCUCCUUGGGGCAUUUGGCACCCUGAGGGCUGGGGCAGAAGAGCACGUGGAUGGCCAUGCUGGAGUUCGCCUGGAUAAGAACAUGGUGCAGGACAAAGAGCACAUCAUGGAACAUCUAGAGGGUGUCAUUGAGAAAACAGAGUCGGAGAUGUCUCCACAGGAGCUGCAGCUCCAUUACUUCAAGAUGCAUGACUACGAUGGCAAUAAUUUGCUCGAUGGCUUAGAACUCGCUACUGCUAUCUCUCACGUCCACAAGGAGAAGGAAGAACCAGAAGAAAUGAAUGGAAGUACUCAAAAGGAAGGAGGGGAGCAGGCACCAGCCAUGAAGGAAGAAGAACUGAUGAACUUGAUAGAUGAUGUUUUAAAGGAUGAUGACAAGAACAAUGACGGCUACAUUGACUAUGCUGAAUUUGCAAAAUCACUGGAAUAAAAAUCUGCUGACAGUCCUCUAGUUAUAUGCAAAUGUGACCCAGUAUAAUGUGAUUGAAUGCUUGCCAUAUUGCAAAGUAGUUGUGCUUUUCCAACUUCAGUGCUAUAGGAUGCGACCUGUAGCAACUUGUUACUUCGGAGGAAAAAUAGAAACUUUUUGGGAGCUGUGACUCAAAAAUGAUGGCACUGCAUCCCACUUCUGAAUUGAUGUUUAACUUCUUAACAGACAGGCACUUUUGGAGAAUGUGGUAUGUCAUUGAGGGGGGUGCUUAGAAUCUCGGUUUUGAAUGUAGGAUACUACCUGACUCUUGGUUUUAUUAAUGUUAUCCGAAAAUCUUGUCAAAUGAAUACUUCUUUCAUGUAGCCAGGGAAACUUCACGUGGCCUAGGAAAUAAAUAGUGUCCCAGACACAUAAUCUCAGCCGAAUAUUUACCCCAUCGGUUUUCAUGUAAUCAGUGUUCUUUGUGGCUUGCCCAGUACAGAGAGUUGCUUGCUGUGGGCAGGUGGCUGUUUGCAAGGCUGUUUAUAGCUACAAACAUUAGAAAGGAAUGUUUGCCAAAUACUGAACUCAACUGUCAGUAGAGCCUGUUGAUGAAAACAGUUUUGAUUUGGGUGUAUAUAACCCCCUAUGUUGACCUCAGCAUUUACGCUUUUCAGUCUUUCAAUAUUUUACAGGACUACUGCCACAUCCCUAUACUUUUUUUGCUAUUAUUUUUUUUUUUAAACAUCAUUUUCAACCCGGGGGGAGACCUUGAAUGAGACCUUGAAUGAAUGUAAUGUGGUUCUUUGCUCCAAACGAUGUCAAAAAUAUUAACUUUCUUAAUGUUUGUAUUUAACAUUAGUUUCUGGAGUUCCAUUUUAUGGUGUAGAAGCUGUAGGUAGAAUGCAAAAAACUCUACCUGGUCAUGGGGCAUAAAAUAAAGUUCUACAUAAAUAUAACCUUCAUCAGAAUGAAAACAAGAAUGCUGCCAGUUAAGGGUUAGUGAGACACCUUAACAUUCAGAAUAGGUUUUCAGAAGGAAAGCUGUUGAAAUAGAGCUCUCCUAAUCAAAAGAAUACUUGAAUUCUUUCAGAUCAGUACAAAAGGCCGAAAGUCCUUUGAACUUUGUAGACUCAACAGUAUUUGAAAAGUAAGACAACAUCUCUGAGACAAAAAGCACUGUCUCAGUACAAGUUUGGAUGUGAUCGACAUACUGUGUUAAAUGGCAUUAGAAAACCUGAAACGAGAUGUCAUUUUCAUAACUAAUAGGAAAGGAAUCUCUGAUUACUGAAAUGUGCUCUAAGAUGUUCAAAGACCUAUUUUCUGUAUUAAAGUAUUCUUGAGAGAAAACAAAUGUAUUCGUAAAAAUGGUUUCCUGUGUCGAGUGUUUGUGCAAUCAGAGCUAAGUUGUAAACUAUUCUUGUAAUAUCUAGUUAUUUUGAAAGAUUUGUAUAAUGGAUUAUUCUGGAUAUAUGAGUAAUAAAAAUGAUGAAAUUGA